GCCCCCCACUCCGGGCUGUGCGCUGGGGAGGUGUUCGCUGCUGCAGCCCCAGCAGCCUCUCCGUCCGUCGGCUCGACCAGCGCUCCGAGAGGGGUAGUCGAAGAGAACAAGAUUUGCCACCGCCCCUCCUCGCCCUCUUCCAUUCCCUCUGGUGCGGGUUCCCCUGGCCCGCGCGGGCGCUCGGCGGCAUGGCAGGGCGCAGAGCAGGCGCGAUCUUCCCCGGACUCUGCUUCGGGGUCCUACUCUGGAGCGGGACCCUCUUGCCCCUCGCUUCCCCCCAGGUUCCCCCGUUGCCGCCACUCCAGCGGGGGAGUGUGUGGUGCCCCAGCCGCUGCCUCUGCUUCCGCACCACGGUGCGUUGCAUGCACCUCAUGCUGGAGAGCGUCCCGGCCGUAGCACCGCAGACCACCAUCCUAGAUCUGCGGUUCAAUCGAAUUAAAGAAAUCCAGCCUGGUGCAUUUAGACGGCUUAAAAAUCUUAACACAUUACUCCUAAACAAUAAUCACAUUAAAAGAAUACCAACUGGAGCAUUUGAAGACCUUGAAAAUCUAAAAUAUCUCUAUUUGUACAAGAAUGAAAUCCAGUCAAUUGACAGGCAAGCAUUUAAAGGACUUGCCUCUCUAGAACAACUAUAUUUGCACUUUAAUCAGAUUGAAACAUUGGAGCCAGAAUCAUUCACCCAUCUUCCCAAACUUGAAAGACUAUUUCUACACAACAACAGAAUAUCUCAUUUAAUUCCUGGGACAUUUAGUCAUUUGGAAUCCAUGAAACGGCUACGCCUGGAUUCCAACGCACUUCACUGUGACUGUGAAAUAUUAUGGCUGGCAGAGCUGUUAAAAACAUAUGCUGAAUCUGGUAACGCACAAGCUGCAGCCACAUGUGAAUAUCCCAGGAGGAUCCAGGGAAGGUCUGUGGCCACAAUAACACCAGAAGAACUGAACUGUGAGAGGCCAAGAAUUACCUCAGAGCCUCAGGAUGUGGAUGUGACCUCAGGGAAUACUGUCUACUUCACUUGCAGAGCUGAAGGCAAUCCCAAACCAGAAAUUAUUUGGCUUCGUAACAAUAAUGAACUCAGUAUGAAAGCAGAUUCCCGCUUAAACUUGCUUGAUGAUGGGACCUUAAUGAUUCAGAAUACACAAGAGACAGACCAAGGCAUUUACCAGUGCAUGGCCAAAAAUAUAGCAGGAGAAGUUAAAACUCAAGAAGUAACUCUGCGCUAUUUCGGUUCACCAGCUCGGCCAAGUUUUGUGAUUCAUCCACAAAAUACAGAGGUGCUGGUUGGAGAAAGCGUCACCCUGGAAUGUAGUGCAGCUGGGCAUCCCCAGCCGCGUAUCACGUGGACAAAAGGUGACAGAACACCUCUGCCAAAUGACCCCCGGGUCACCAUAACUCCAUCUGGAGGGCUUUAUAUCCGGAACGUGGAGCAGGAAGAUGGUGGCGAGUAUACCUGUUUUGCAACCAACAGUCUGGACAACAUCCAUGCAGCUGCAUUCAUUAUUGUGCAAGCUGUACCUCACUUUACCGUGACCCCUCAAGACAGAAUUGUGAUUGAAGGACAAACUGUUGAUUUCCCAUGUGAGGCACAAGGAUAUCCACAACCAGUCAUUGCGUGGACUAAAGGAGGUAGCCAGCUGUCUGUAGAUAGAAGACACUUAGUUUUGUCUUCUGGAACACUGAGGAUUUCCACAGUGGCUUUACAUGAUCAAGGACAGUAUGAAUGUCAAGCUGUCAACAUUGUAGGAUCUCAAAGAGUUGCUGUACAUCUGAGUGUACAGCCCAGAGUAACUCCUGUGUUUGCUAAUGUUCCAAGUGAUAUGACAGUGGAAGUGGGUACAAAUGUACAGAUUCCAUGCAGUUCCCAAGGAGAGCCAGAGCCAGUAAUAACAUGGAAUAAGGAUGGUGUUCAGGUGACAGAAAGUGGGAAAUUCCAUGUUAGCUCUGAAGGAUUUCUUACUAUUCGAGAUGUUGGGCCGGCAGAUCAAGGCCGUUAUGAAUGUGUAGCAAGGAAUACUAUUGGAUAUUCCUCAGUUAGCAUGGUACUAACUGUGAACGUUCCUGAUGUGAGUCGAAAUGGAGAUCCAUUUGUAGCAAGCUCAAUUGUUGAAGCUAUUGCUACUGUUGACAGAGCAAUAAACUCAACACGCACACAUUUGUUUGAUAGUCGCCCUCGAUCUCCAAAUGAUUUGCUAGCCCUGUUUCGAUACCCAAGAGAUCCUUAUACCGUUGAGCAAGCAAGAGCUGGAGAAAUAUUUGAAAGGACACUACAACUAAUUCAAGAACACGUACAAGACGGUUUAAUGGUUGACCUUAAUGGAACAAGCUAUCACUAUAAUGAUCUUGUAUCUCCACAGUACUUGAAUCUGAUAGCUAACUUGUCAGGCUGCACUGCCCAUAGGCGUGUGAAUAACUGUUCAGAUAUGUGCUACCAUCAGAAAUACAGAACACAUGAUGGAACAUGCAAUAAUCUGCAGCAUCCAAUGUGGGGAGCCUCUCUGACAGCCUUUGAACGAAUGCUGAAAUCAGUCUAUGAAAAUGGUUUUAAUUUGCCAAGGGGUAUUGGAGCCAAUCGACAUUACAAUGGAUAUACACUCCCAAUGCCACGUUUGGUAUCAACUACAUUAAUAGGAACUGAAACAAUAACUCCAGAUGACCAGUUCAGUCAUAUGCUAAUGCAGUGGGGCCAAUUCCUGGAUCAUGACCUUGAUUCCACAGUUGCUGCCCUAAGCGAAGCCAGGUUUUCAGAUGGUCAGCAUUGCAGUUCAGUUUGUACCAAUGACCCACCAUGUUUCUCUAUCAUGAUCCCACCCAACGAUCCUCGGGUCAGAAAUGGAGCACGGUGCAUGUUUUUUGUACGUUCCAGUCCAGUGUGCGGAAGUGGUAUGACCUCCCUUCUCAUGAACUCAGUCUACCCACGAGAACAGAUCAAUCAGUUGACUUCGUAUAUUGAUGCAUCCAAUGUAUAUGGCAGUUCAAAGCAUGAAGCACAAGAGAUCAGAGACUUGGCAAGUCACAGGGGCCUCCUGAGACAGGGAAUUGUGCAGAGAUCCGGAAAACCUCUUCUUCCAUUUGCUACUGGCCCUCCAACAGAGUGUAUGAGGGAUGAGAAUGAGAGCCCAAUUCCCUGCUUCUUAGCUGGAGAUCAUCGGGCCAAUGAACAGCUGGGGCUCACGAGUAUGCAUACCCUGUGGUUUCGGGAACACAACAGAAUUGCUACUGAAUUGCUGAAGCUGAACCCACACUGGGAUGGUGAUACAAUAUAUCAUGAAACACGUAAAAUUGUUGGUGCAGAAAUGCAGCAUGUAACAUAUAGCCACUGGCUGCCUAAAAUCUUGGGAGUGGUAGGCUUGAAGAUGCUUGGUGAAUAUAAAGGUUAUGAUCCCAAUGUUAAUUCUGGCAUAACAAAUGAAUUUGCAACUGCAGCUUUUAGAUUUGGACACACGUUGAUCAACCCCAUACUGUAUCGGUUGGAUGAGAAUUUCGAACCUCUUCCCCAGGGCCAUAUACCUCUUCAUAAAGCUUUCUUUUCUCCAUUCCGGAUUGUAAACGAAGGAGGCAUUGAUCCACUUCUUAGAGGGUUAUUUGGUGUUGCUGGUAAGAUGCGUGUGACGUCUCAGUUGUUGAAUACUGAACUGACGGAGAGGCUUUUCUCCAUGGCACGAGCAGUAGCUUUAGAUUUGGCUGCAAUGAAUAUUCAGAGAGGGAGAGAUCAUGGAAUCCCACCUUACCAUGAAUUUAGAGUUUACUGUAACCUUUCUUCAGCACAUACAUUUGAAGAUCUGAAAAAUGAAAUAAAGAAUCCUGAAAUCAGAGAAAAACUCAGAGGAUUAUAUGGUUCACCACUGAACAUAGAUUUAUUUCCUGCUCUUAUGCUAGAAGAUCUAGUUCCUGGAAGCAGGUUGGGACCUACAUUGAUGUGUCUCUUGAGCACACAGUUUAAACGUCUCCGAGAUGGAGACAGGUUAUGGUAUGAGAACCCAGGUGUGUUUACUCCAGCUCAGUUGACUCAGAUCAAACAGGCGUCCCUUGCAAGAGUUCUCUGUGACAAUGGCGACAACAUUACCAGAGUGCAACAUGAUGUUUUUAGAGUGGCUGAGUUCCCACAUGGUUAUGGAAGCUGUGCUGAAAUUCCUAAAGUGGAUCUCAGGAUGUGGCAAGAUUGCUGUGAAGACUGCAGAACUAGAGGACAGUUCAAUGCAUUUUCUUACCACUUCCGAGGGAGGCGCUCUCUUGAUUAUAGUUUUCAGGAAGACAAGCCUUCAAAGCACCUGAAAAUUCCAAGAGCAUCAAGUUUUACAAGAGGGAAUGCAUUCUUUAACAGCACCAUUUCAUCCUUUGAUGAGCACAAGAAAGCCCCCAUAAUGAAUGAUUUCAAAGAAUUUGUUGGAGAUAUGCAGAAAACAAUUACGGACCUCAGAAAACAGAUAAAGAAACUUGAGUCACGGCUCAGUAGAACUGAAUGCACUGAUGAACAUGGCAAAUCUUACUCCAGUAAUGACACAUGGAAAAAAGACCCCUGCACUACAUGUGAAUGCAAGGUUGGUCAGGUAACCUGUUACGUGGAAUCGUGUCCACCACAUGAUUGUGCUACACCUGUGAAGCUCAAGGGCGUUUGCUGUCCUGUCUGCCUAAAACAAACUAUUAGUAAGGGAAAUGCACCCUAAAUCUGCUUCUCAAUUGUCACAUAUCAAGUCAUAUUGAUAUCUGCUGAUGGCAAAUACAGGUAACAGUAGGCUUUAAACCACAAUAGAGAAUUCAAGAUGUUAAAAGAGUAUAGCAUUCAGAUGAUGGGGUAACAGUGUAAGAAAAUAUGUUUUACUUCCUUACCCAUUGAAAAACCACAAGGUGAAAAAUAUUGAAAGGGAAUACACAGUGUUGGUCAAGAUAAUUUUAUGUUGAAACUUCUCAGGUUCAAGAAACUAAAAACUGGUGCUAUUU